AUGGACGCCACGCUCAAUACAGCGCAAGCUGCUGAUCAGACGGACACACUGUCGCCUAGAGAUGCACAGCUUUCCCAGCAUGAUCACCAGCAAAGGUUCGGAUUGCUGAGUAUUGUGGGAUUAGCAUUUGCCGUGCUCAACAGUCCUACCGGUGAGUUUGGCUCGGUCGUAUGAGUGCGGCAGGACAAGACAAGAUGAAGGUGGUGAUACGUGACACCUUUGGUGGUCUCGGCUCGCUCUCUAGAAGCCGCAUGUCCAUCCUGCAAGCGCUCAAGCUGCCUUCUUUCACCAUCACCCCUGUAUCUUCACUUUUGCAUCGUAUACGAUCUACGCAGCCAUGUCCGCCUCCCUAUCCGUCGUGCUACCUUCCGGUGGACCCGUCUCUGUGAUUUGGGGUCUCUUCCUAUCCUUUCUCGGCGUCUUCUCCGUCGCGCUCUCGCUAGCCGAGUUGUGUUCCGCCGCUCCGACUCCCGGGGGCCCGUAUCACUGGGUCUGGUUGCUUUCGCGCAUCAACGACUCGAGGGAAGAUGGUGCGGCAGCUGGAAGAGGGAGGACGGCAUCGUUGAGAUUGACUUAUGCGACGGGAUGGAUCGCUACGGCGGGAUGGAUCUGUCUGGCUGCUACCACCUCCUCCCUAGCCGGUACUUUGAUUGUAGGAGCUAUCGCCUUGAACAAUGCCAACUAUCAAGAGCAGAGUUGGCACGUCUUCCGUGAGUCGGGCGAGUCAAGGUACACGCUGAGUGCUAGCGAUGCAAGCACCGAGUUGGGCUUCGAGACGCGGCUACUGCCCCUUGCGAUUUUUGCCUCACCUCAUUGAACCUACUACUCUGUCUGGCUUGUCCUCUGCAUGCCUCAUCUGAUCGCCUUGCAGUCAUCUACGUCGCUUUUGCCAUCGGAGCUUGGUUCGUGAAUGUCUUUGGAGCGAAAACUUUGGAUCCGAUCAACCGUGCGGCCCUGAUCGUGAGUCGGGGAAUGAGUGUAACACGUGGUCGCCUCGCACCUCGAUUGACCGUGCUUCCUCUUGUCCAUCAAGUGGUCCCUACUAGGCGUCUUUCUGAUCUUGGUGACGACGCUUUCCGUCUCCUCUCCCGUAUACCAGCCCGCCUCGUUCGUGUUUGGAAAUUUUGCGAACAGGACGGGAUGGCCCGACGGCGCAGCUUGGAUCUUGGGAUUGUUGCAGAGCACCUUCGGACUGGUCGGGGUGGAUGGCGUUAGUCACUUGGUGGAAGAAUUGCCUCGACCUCAUAGGACCGCGCCGCUGGCCAUGAUUCUUGGUGAGCAGUAGCGUGUGGUGGGGCGACGCAUGACGAGAAGGGCGUGUUUUUGCGCACACUUGCGACGGCUUGAUAUGCUAAUGCUUGCUUGCUUGCUUUUCGCUCGUCCUCAUCCCCGAUGCAGCACCCAUCAUUGGAUUUCUGAGCGCCUUGGCCAUCCUCAUGACCUUUUUGUUCGUCCUUCGAGACUUUGACGCCGUGGUGGAUUCAUCAGCGGGUCCCUUGCUGGAGAUCAUCUACCAAGCAUUAGGCGGACGAGAUGUGGCCAAUCCCUCUCGGGCCAUAUUAGCAGGCAGUACAGCACUGUACGUCUUGCCCAUCAUUUCGAUGGCGUUUGCAGCCAUUGCUAUUCUGUGCGCUUCUUCGCGACAGACGCAAUCGUUCGCGAAAGAUCGAGGAUUCCCGAAGUUGUUCUCCGACCACUUGGCGAAAGAGGAUGAGAGGACAGGCACGCCUAUUUGGAGCAUCACCUUUUCUACAGCUUGGGUCAUCAUCUUUGGAUGCAUCUUUUUGGGAAGCGAGACGGCGCUCAAUUCUAUUUUGAGCGCUAGUGUAGUCUUGCUGCAAAUUAGCUACAUUUUGCCAAUCGCGUUGGUGUUGACCAAAGGAAGGAAUUGUAUAGAUGGGAUACAGCAACGUGUGCUCUUGCCACAGAGCAUCGCGCGAUCCAUCAGUGAGGUAUCGCAAGAUCAGGAGAAGGGUAACUUCCAGCAUAAGCAAAUGGCAAGUGUUAUCACAGCUGGUCGAGAAUCGCUUCACUUGUCAUAUCGAGGCGCUCGACACUUUAACCUCGACAAUGUCAGAAUCUCAUCCCUCUUCAGCAGUAAAAAAGCUGACAACGUCCUUGAGAAGAUUGCAAAAGGACAACAAACACGUUGGUUGGCCAUCAUCAUCAACGUCUGGUCCAUCAUCUUCAGUUCCGUCACCACCGUCUUCUUCUUCUUCCCUAGCGAAUUACCCGUGAGCGGGUCGAAUAUGAAUUACGUCGGUAAGCAUCGCUUUCCUUUCCAUUCUUCUCUUUCUCGCCUCUCGCCCGCACGUACGCCGCACAAGAAUGAUGAUCCCGAUCAUCUCUUACCCUCGACCAUCCCUUCAUCAGUGGUCGUGACGUCCAUCGUCGUUCUCCUCUCCCUCUCCAGCUGGCUCAUGGAUGGACGCAGACAUUACGACGGACCUCUAUCCGCCGAUUUGCUCUCCUUCUCGCCCUCACAUCUCUCUCAAGAUGCUGAUCGGCAAGACGUGCGCACGAGCGACAAGCACGAUAGUCCGAAAGAAGAGACGAAGCUGAAAGAAGGCGGCGGCGGCGGUGGCGGGCCGACUUUGAAUGGCGCAGAGCCGCAGAUCAGGGAUUCAAAUUACGAGUAG